CCUUUGUUCGGGGUUGGGCGCCAUUUUGCGCGGCGGCUGAGUGGAGGCGCUGAUUGGGUUUCGGGGACCGGUAGCGGAGCCAAUCAGCGCGGGACCCGAACCGGGGGAGCGAGGCACGAUACCCAGACUGAGGUGUGCCUUUUACCGUAUUGGAACUGAAGCGCUAUGGAGCAGUACACGGCGAAUAGUAACAGUUCCACAGAGCAAAUCGUUGUGCAGGCUGGACAGAUCCAGCAGCAGCAGCAGGGUGGUGUCACUGCUGUCCAGUUGCAGACUGAGGCCCAGGUGGCAUCCGCCUCAGGCCAGCAAGUCCAGACCCUCCAGGUCCAGGGUCAACCACUAAUGGUACAAGUAAGCGGAGGUCAGCUGAUCACAUCAACUGGCCAGCCGAUCAUGGUGCAGGCUGUGCCUGGGGGUCAGGGCCAGACAAUCAUGCAAGUCCCAGUUUCUGGAACUCAGGGACUGCAGCAGAUUCAGUUGGUCCAGCCAGGUCAGAUUCAGAUUCAAGGUGGGCAGGCUGUGCAGGUACAGGGGCAGCAGGGCCAGACCCAGCAGAUCAUUAUACAGCAGCCACAGACUGCAGUUACUGCUGGCCAGACACAGACCCAGCAACAAAUAGCAGUUCAAGGACAACAGGUAGCACAAGCAGCUGAAGGCCAGACCAUAGUCUAUCAGCCAGUUAAUGCUGAUGGAACCAUUCUCCAACAAGUUACAGUCCCUGUUACAGGCAUGAUCACCAUUCCAGCAGCCAGUUUGGCUGGAGCACAAAUUGUCCAAACGGGAGCCAACACCAAUACAACCAGUAGUGGACAAGGGACUGUCACGGUGACGUUGCCAGUUGCUGGAAAUGUUGUCAAUUCAGGUGGAAUGGUUAUGAUGGUACCUGGAGCUGGAUCAGUACCAGCUAUCCAGAGAAUACCUUUGCCUGGAGCAGAGAUGCUGGAAGAAGAGCCCCUCUAUGUAAAUGCCAAGCAGUAUCACCGGAUCCUUAAGAGAAGGCAGGCACGUGCUAAGCUUGAAGCGGAGGGAAAAAUUCCCAAAGAAAGAAGGAAAUACUUGCAUGAAUCUCGGCAUCGUCAUGCCAUGGCCAGGAAGCGGGGAGAAGGUGGACGUUUCUUCUCACCAAAGGAAAAAGACAGCCCUCAUAUGCAGGAUCCAACUCAGGCCAAUGAAGAAGCAAUGACACAGAUGAUCAGAGUCUCCUAACCACUGCUUAAAGAAAAAAAAUAACUGAAUAGAAUUCCCGUCCCUUCUGCAAGUCUGUCCUACCUUUCCAGUGUAUCAAGCGAGUCUUUCAAUGGGACAAUCACCAUAUCACAGCCUAUCCUUUUCUACAGAACACACACCACAUUUUCAGUAUGUGGUCAAGAUUUUAACUGCAGUUGACUCAACAGAUAGAAACUUAACGACUUUAUUGGUAUAUUGUUCUGAUCCAGCACAAGGAUUUCAGAGUCUGACUGCUCAUGCCUUUUUCUUCUUCUUUUAAACAUCUCUUGCAUUAAGAUUGGCCAUGGGUGAGAGUGUGCCACUGACUCAGUGAUCAGCAAUAACUCUGGCACGCUGAAGCAGGGCCAGCAAAGACCUCUUGGAGUUAUGGCCCUUCUGUACAGAGACAUAAUCCAGUUUAUAGCAACCAGCACUGACGUGGCUAUACCACAGUACUUUGUUUUCCCAGCAGAGACUUGUUAUUUACAUUCACUCCUUACACCUUUGGACUUUAUUGUCAACUGAACUGUUCCCUGUUGUUGCAUCUGCACUUCUGAAACUGGCAGAAACUGAAAGGGGAUUGUUUUAAGUUCCACCUUGUAAAAUAUGUAAACAGCAAGCUCUUCUCUGGGAAAAGUUCCGCCAUCCAGUCAAAAUGAUAGAAAUAUUUCAAGAUUAUUACAGGACUUGAUAUAUUGUGUAUCGGUUCCAAGAAGUAAGACGGGAGAGGGUGUUGUGGGGAUAAGGAUUUAAUUAGUAAAAGCAAUCUCUGGGUGGUUUUUAGUGUGUUUACUGCCAGUAGUUGUUGCUUUGGAAGAAAAGUUGAUGCUAGCAUAAAAAGGAUUAAAAGUUUUGAGUGAGUCCCUUCCAAAGGAUUUUUUUU